UUUACGCUGUUCAUUAGGAUGAGGCCCCAAUGUAAGAUUAAUCGCGUUUUAGAGCGUUUUAAUGUCGAUUUAGCGGUGUUUUUCAUUUCGAUUAUGUAAAUGGGGAAAAGGGUAAGUUUCUAUUGCCACAGAAAGGGGCGAUGAAACUUCUUUUUGGGUGUAAACAAAAUCAGUAAUCUGGGAGCUUAUUCAGACCCUUCUCUGUCUCUUCUCCUCUCCUUUUUUGCCUCUGUUUCUUGCGAUUUUGAAGAACUUGGUUCUGUCAUUUUUGAUGUCUAAUCGCUUAGAACAUAAUUACAUUGGAUUAACGGAGGAUUCUUCGAUGGAAAGAACCCCUGAGAAGAAUUCUUCAUCGUCUUCUUCUGCUUCAUCUUCUUCUCCUCCUCCUGGUACGAACGAGGAGAAGAACUGCGCUACUGUGAGUUUCAAGGACACUGAAUUAAGGCUCGGAUUGCCUGGUUUUCAGUCGCCUGAGAGGAAAUCGGGAACUGGGAUUUCGCUCUUUGGCAAUGAUUUUGAGGAUAAACAGAGUAAUGGGUUCUGUUCUUCUCGUAUUUUGAAGAAUCUUGUGUCUGGGUCUAAGAGGGGUUUCUCUGACGCCAUUGAUGGGUCCUCUGUAAAAUGGGGUUUCUCUGGGAGUAAUGGAUUAAGCGAAGGGACUAUGUUGUUCUCGCCCAAAAGUGGGAUGCCGCCGAGCAAUGUUAAUGCGCCACAGGCUUGUGGUUCCUUGAAGGCUGUGAAGGAAGUGGUUCCUGUUAAGCAAUCUUCUAAGCCUGCUCAAGAGAAGAAGCCUCAGGUUUCUGAAAAUGGCGGCGCUCCUUUGGCUAAGGCACAGGUUGUGGGAUGGCCACCGAUUCGAUCCUUCAGGAAGAGCACGAUGACCUCUACCAAUUCGACCAAGAAGGCUGAUGAAGCCGAGGGGAAAUCGGAGUUGACCGGUUGCCUCUAUGUGAAAGUUAGCAUGGAAGGUGCUCCAUAUCUAAGAAAGGUUGAUCUUAAACUGUGCAGUAACUAUUCUGAACUAUCAUUGGCUCUGGAGAAGAUGUUUAGCUGCUUCACUAUUGGGCAGUGUGGUACGGAAGGACUUCCAACUAAAGAGCGUCUGAGUGAAAGUAAUUUGACGGAUUUCCUCCAUGGAUCUGAGUAUGUGUUGACGUAUGAAGAUAAAGAUGGAGAUUGGAUGCUUGUUGGUGACGUCCCCUGGGAGAUGUUCACUGAUUCGUGUAGAAGACUCCGAAUCAUGAAAGGUUCUGAAGCAAUCGGGCUAGCGCCGAGGGCCAUAGAGAAGUGCAAGAACCGAAACUAGCGAGACGAAGUCCCGAGCGAGGCCUAGAGGACAGAACAUCUCCUGAGAUUUUAUAAACUAAUGUUGUAUGUUAUGAAAUGCUAACAUUUGAAAGACAAUUAUGUGCUGUGUGUUGAUUUUUAAUUAUCAUUGCCUCCCUCUUAAUUAAAGAGUGAAUCUCC